AUGGUUUCCUCAACAGAACUUUCGCCCAAGGACAAGGCUAAAAAAUUGGCUGCGUUUGAAUGUGCAGAAAAGAACAUAUCAAGCGGCUGCCGAUUAGGUGUUGGUUCCGGAUCAACUGUCAAGUAUUUGGUUGAAUAUUUGGAAAAUGCUGUGAAGUCGGGAAAAUUACAAAACAUUACCUGCGUUCCCACCAGCUAUCAGGCAAGUUUUCCAAUAAAAUUUGUGAUGUUGAUGUUUUUUUUUUCGAUGAGGACUUAUGAAGACUUAUGA